AUGACCACGCAUAGAGAAGGCGUGAAUCCGCUGCGGCCCUAUUACAGGGCUCCUGUCAUUGGCGAGACGGCGGAUCCCGGCUCGGCAUCGAGCGCAAACCCCUUCGGUGUGGGCAAUGGUACUGGUACUGCCCGCUACGCGUCCAAAGCACGCGAUGUGCUUGCCGAUAUCGAUUACAAGGACUAUCUGAAUGAUUCAUCGCCGUCGGUGAUACAGAAUGCAAAGGAACUGGUGGAUGAGCUGAUAUGGAAGUACACCUCGGUGUUGAUGGCCCAGCCUUUCGAGGUCGCCAAAACCAUCCUGCAAGCGAGAGAUCAGGAUGACAACGCUGCCUUUGCGACUCCGGACUCAGAGGGCCUAAAGAGACAAAACUCUAGUCAAGCGGGCUCCAUGUAUGAUUAUCACGACUCCGACUCCGAAGUCGACGAACCCGCAUACUUUACCUCCAACAGGCCCGGAACUCCAACCCCAGCAUACAAUAGAAGUUUGAGCAGCCGGCGCGCGGCUUCACCGUUACAAUCGCCCCAAGUGUCCAAGAAACCUGCCGCUCCGGAGCAUCAGAUCACAAUUCGAAGACCAGACUCAAUUCUUGACGUCAUCGGCCAGCUAUGGCAAAAAGACGGCGCAUGGGGCGUAUGGAAGGGCUCAAACGCGACGUUCUUGUAUACUGUGCUUCAAUCAUUACUUGAAAAUUGGUCGAGAAGCUUUCUCAGCGCCAUCUUCAAUGUUCCCGAUCUGGGUGUUAAGGACGAUAUUGAUCGGCUGAUUGACAUUGCCUCCCCAUACCCUUGGGUUUCUCUGUUUGUUGCGGCAGCUGCCGCAGUUGCAACCGGCGUGCUGUUGUCGCCGCUGGAUCUUGUGCGCACAAGACUCAUAAUGACCCCAAUCUCUAAAGGACAGCGUCGAACGCUGGCCACCCUUCGAGCUCUACCUUCCUACCUUUGCCCGUCGACCAUCGCAAUCCCGACUGUUCUCAACUCUCUUGUUCACCCUCUCCUAACUCUCUCAACCCCACUCGUUCUCCGAACUCGCUUCAUGAUUGACAGCCAAGUAUCACCAAUGACCUUCUCUGUCGCCAAGUUCUUUGCGUCAUCGGCAGCGAUCCUGGUGAAACUACCAAUCGAAACCGUGCUCCGACGUGGCCAGAUGGCCGUCCUCUCUAACCCAGAACACAUCAGAGCCCUUGGAGGAAAGGAACAGAGGCUCGACACCAUUGUGCCUAUGGGUCGAUACAAUGGUACCAUCGGCACCAUGUACCACAUCGCCUCGGAAGAAGGCACUCGCGAGAACCCAAACACUACCAAAGCUGCCGCUAAGAAAGGCAAAGCCAAGACCAAGUCACUUCAGCCGAGUCACAUCAAGGGGCAAGGUUUGGAAGGUCUCUGGCGAGGUUGGAAAGUGAAUUGGUGGGGACUCGUUGGUCUCUGGACUGCAAACGUGGUUGGAAACGGCGGCGAGGGCGAAUUCUAG